AGUAAAUGCCGCCGAAUUUCGACGACUGCGCUGUCGUAAAAUUUCGUGGGGACGCCGCGCGCCGUGUAGCAUCUAGCGAGUAGGUAUAUUAUUGUGUGGCUGAUACUUCCUUCGAAUAUACUUGUUCUAAGAAAAUGGCAGACGUUAGUACAGAAGAUUUAAAAAAGGAAAUUUCAAAAAUCCUUCAAAAUGCGAACCUCGCGAAAACAUCAACUAAGAAGGUGAUACAGAAAUUGGAGGAGGUAUUUGGUACAGACUUGACUGAAAAAAAGAAGGUCAUAGAUCAACUUGUUAUGGACUAUGUGAACAGCAAGGAAUCGGAGGAGGAAGAAUUAGAUGAAUCUGAGGGUUCGGAGGAAAGUGAAGAAGACAAAAAACCGGCGAAACGCGCUCCGGCAAAGGGAAAGAAAGGCAAAGACAGUUCCGACGAAAAGGAAGACGCUUCAGAAGAGAGUGAAUCUGAAGAGGAUAAAAAGCCAGCCAAGAAAGGAAAGAAAGAGAAGGACGAUGAUGAUGAGCCCAAGAAACCAGCGAAGAGAUCAGCCCCCGCAGCCAAGGCUCGUGGCAAGAAAGCGAAGCAGGACUCCUCUGAUGAAGAGGACGGUUCAGCUGAUAGCGAAUCAGAAGAGGAAAAGAAGAAGCCAGCAGCCAAGAAAGGCAAGAAGAAGAAGGGUUCAGACGACGAGGACAGUGACUGGGGCAAGAAAAAGGCUGGUGCCGGCGGGCGAGGCAAGGGCGGGGGGUACACACGGGCAUACAAACUGUCACCGGCCCUCGCUGAACUCAUGGGACAAGAGCAAAUGCCCAGACACGAAGUUGUUAAGCGAGUGUGGGCCAUCGUCAAGGAGAAGAAUUUAUAUGACCCCAAUAAUAAACAAUUUGCGAUAUGUGAUGACGCCCUGUAUAAGGUCAUUGGUACGAAACGCUUUAGGACGUUUGGCAUGAUGAAGUAUUUGAAGGCACACUUUUUGGAUUAAGCGGGGAAGUGGGAAUGACAGUAAAUAUGUAGGAUGCUGUGGUUUUUUAUUGUUUAAAUGUGAACUUGAGAAAAAAGUAUAACAUUAUUGUAUAUGCAUAACAUCUUGGUUACAUACAGAAAAUAUUUUUUAUGAUCUUUGGUAUAAAUUAGUCUAUUUAGUUGGCAUUGAAGAUAUCUGAUUCAAUUCAAUAUUUUAAUUUAUGGCUGUACUGCGCUGCCACAAUUUUGCCAAUGUCCUGUAGUAAAUGUGUUUGUUCAGGUCCAAAAAGUUUAGAUUAGCCCAAACAGUCGGCAUAUAUCUGUAUUUUACCGAAAAUUAAAAAAAAAUGUCGGUGACAUUGACAGCCAAGUUCACUGUCAUUCCCAAGCCUUGAUCGCGAUCGAAAUUUAAAAAAAAAAUGUAAAUUUGAAUUUGACAGAUUUGUUUCGUAAAAGUCGUGUCGGCUUUGGAUCCGAGACAAUAUGAAUUAGCUGGACUAGGUUUUUUGCUAUAAGCACUAAUUUAGGAAUUAAAAACAUAAAUAUUUUUAAUUAAUUAUUAUCAAUAUCAUGAUAGACGCUAUCUAUCGAUAUUAGAUUUAUAAUAACACGUUUGAAACUUAGAAUGUACCAUUAGGUACUAAAUAUAUAAAUAAAAUGUAGUUUAUAUACUAUGAAAUACCGAAUUUCUUUUAUAGAUUUAAAUUUUUUUUUAAUCACGAAUUUAAGUUUUGACUUUGGCACAGAUAAAAAAUAUCGCAUAGCUAUUUUUGAUUGUUAAAAAAGUGAAUUAAAUGUAACAGCUAUGUAAAUAAUUACGUGUGAAUGUAAAAGUAUUUUCUCGGUAAUAUUAGUUUUAAGCAGCUAAAUAUUAAGUGAUUUAUAUAAUUUUUGUGUUCCUAUGUUUAUUUUUUUUCAUUUAGUCACUAUGUAACAAUAUUUUCUAAAUACUAGUAUUGUCGUAGAUUUAAAUCAAAAGUGGGAUGUCGUAUUGAAAUAGAUUGUUUAAAUUAUUAAAAAAAAAACUGCAAAUUAUUUUUUUUUACACCAAGUCAAUAUUAUAUAGGCAAGUCUAUAAUUAUAAUAGUCUUGCCAUAUGGAAAAAAAAAUUGUAUUAUUAAACCAAUGAAUGCAUUUUGUAACUGAUAGAUUUUUUUUACUAUAGUUUUAUUAUAUAGAAUUAACUAUGUCAACAGAUUAUAAUUUUUAGAUUUAAGAAAAUUGCCGAAGAAUGAAAAGUUGAAGUGUUCAUGAUUUAGUGCUUUAUUACACAAGACUUGUAGAAGCACGUUAUAGUAUGAACCCAUUUAUAUGACGCCAUUUUGUUUUUCAAGAGCAAUAUUUGAAAGCAAAAGUUUAGUGUCAAAAGUGAAACUUCUUUGGCAAGAAGAUACCAAAAUCGUCGCCUUACUCCAUCACGCGACGGUAUUGCCGUGACGCGACCGUGAAAUUUUACUCUCAACGCGCCUAAAGAAGUUUCACUUCAAUACAUAAUAUUACGUAUUGUUUAAACUAGGUGCGCAAAUCAUUUUUUACUUCAAACUAAUUAUUGUAUGCAAGAGGCCAGAAAUUAGCGUGAUGUAAAUGGGCCUUAAAUUAGGACACUAAAAUAAGUACUGACAAGUAAAUGUAUAUUUAAAAUAAUCUAGUUUGCUAGAAUGAAGAGGUUGUAAGUCCCAGAGUGAUUAAAUUAAUUAAUUUCAAAUCAA